AUGGAUCGUCAACUCGCCCCAGUCUUCGCUGCUCGGGCAGCGACAUCCGACUCGGUGCUGACGGGCAUCGACCCGACCGAGUUCACCACCGCCAAUCCCAUCCGGCUCUUCAUCAUCCAAGCUAGCAUUAUCAUCAUCUUCUCGCGGGUCCUGGCUGUUGGCUUCAGGCGCCUCAAUCAGCCUACAGUCAUUGCCGAAGUCAUAGGCGGCAUCAUCCUCGGUCCUACGGUCAUGGGACGCAUUCCUGGCUUCUCGGCACAUAUCUUUCCCGUCCCUUCGCUGCCUUACCUCAACCUGGUGGCUACCAUCGGUCUGGUGCUCUUCAUGUUCCUCGUGGGAUUGGAGGUCGACUUGCGCCUGAUGAGGAAGUCCGCCAAGGAGUGUGCGACCGUCAGUCUUGUUGGAAUUGCGGUGCCUCUUGCUCUGGGCGCUGCUCUCUCCAAGGGCAUCUAUGACAAUUUCGUUGAUGAGACCAAGGUCACAUUCGGCCACUUCCUCCUCUUCACGGGCGUCGCCAUGUCAAUCACCGCCUUCCCUAUCCUCGCUCGCAUCCUCACCGAGAUGAAGCUCCUUUCAACUCGCGUCGGCGUAGUCGUCCUCGCCGCCGGAGUGGGCAACGAUGUCGUCGGCUGGAUUCUCCUCGCCCUUACCGUUGCUCUGGUCAACGCUUCAUCGGGCGUCGUAGCAGUCUACGUCCUUCUCUGUGCCGUGGGCUGGACUUUGAUCCUCUUCUUCCUCAUCAAGCCCCUUUUCGUCUGGCUCGCCAAUCGCACGGGAAGCUUCGAGAACGGCCCCAACCAACUGAUGAUCACCGUGACUCUGAUCUUGAUGCUGAUCUCAGCGUGGAUCACAGACAUCAUUGGCGUUCAUCCCAUCUUCGGCGCCUUCCUAGUCGGAAUCAUGGUCCCGCACGAAGGAGGCUUCGCCGUCGCCCUGACAGAGAAGAUCGAGGAUCUGGUCUCCGUCGUCUUCCUGCCUCUCUACUUCACGCUGAGUGGACUCAAGACAAACCUGGGCGAUCUGAAUUCCGGCCUCAUCUGGGGCUACACAAUAGCGACGAUCAUCGUAGCCUUCAUGUCCAAGUUCGGCGGAUGCGCCAUCGCGGCCAAGCUCAUGGGCUUCAACUUGCGCGAAUCUGCGGCCAUUGGCACGCUCAUGUCUUGCAAGGGACUGGUCGAGCUCAUUGUCCUCAACAUUGGCCUGUCGGCAGGCAUCCUCAACACGCAGACCUUCUCCAUGUUUGUUCUCAUGGCCGUCGUCACGACCGUCGCAACUACACCACUCACCCUGUGGAUCUACCCUGAGAAGCAUCGUCGCGCCCUCGAUGAUCAGGACGACAACGACGUGGCCAAGGGCUCCAAGAGCGGCAGCGCAGGUAGCGGUGACAGCAGCGAUCCUGAAGGAGUCCGGGCCUCGUCGCUUGGCACAAAGAGACUCAUGGUCGUUCUCACGAGCUUUGAGCACCUGCCUGGCCUCAUGACCUUUGUCAGACUCAUGCGUCCCAACGUGGCGGCUGCCUUCGAUGACGGUCAUGCGCUCAGCGGCAGUGGCGAUGGACUGAGGCAGCGCAACAACCGCAUGGCACACUCUUCUACCAGCUCAUCUUCAGCAGACGAGAAGGGCAGCGGCGGCGAUGGUGACGACGACGACAAGGAAGACAUCAGCGACGACGCUCCUGCACCUCUCGCACGCGGCUACCCGUCCACCGACACCCGCAGCUCGGCCGUCCGCUCUCCUGUUCACCUCGACGCUCUCCGCCUUGUCGAGCUCACCGACCGCACGUCAGCUGUCAUGCGCGUAGCAGAGAGUGACGACACGAUGCGCCUCGAUCCGAUCUCCAACGUGUUCCGUACCUUUGCCCAGCUGCAGGGGAUUGCUGUGCGCACGGCCAUGCGUGUCGUGUCGACAGAUCAGUUCAGUUCGACAGUUGCGUCGCGGGCGAGGAACGUGGCAUCGGACCUUGUCCUCCUUCCAUGGACCAUGCCCGUUUUGGUGGGUGAGCAGACCUCUCCUCAACACCAAUCAUCGCAGCAGGGUCUCGCCUCCACUCUCGCCAGCCCAUUCGACGGCAUCUUCGGCCGCGGAGGCUCCACGACGCAGACCUUGCACAACCAGUCCUCGGCGCUCACCACCGCCACGUCUCCAACCAAUGCGACUGGUGAUCAGCAGCUCACGAAGGUCAGUAGCCAGCAUACGGCUCUCGCUCGCAAGCUCAUCCAGAGCGCAGAUUGCGACGUCGGUCUCCUUGUGCAACGUGGUGCAGCCCCCAGCUCAGCAGGCAUGAGCGCUGGGCGCCCGCAUGUCCUCCUGACAUUCAUGGGUGGGCCCGACGACCGGGUCGCUUUGGACUUUGUUGGGCGCCUGGCUGCCACCAAUGACGACUUGACGUGCACGGUUCUCAGGCUGCAACGCUGCGGAGAGGCAGAGGAGGGCCAAGAGGGGGAGAAGCUGCCCACUGUCCCGCCUACGGUGCAUCAUGCACACAGCCUGUCCCCCUCUCAAGCCGGCGGAGGCAACACUAUCGGCGGCGUACAGGACACCUACUACUCGCGCUCGCACCUGGGCGACAAUGCCGGGCCGCAUCGAUCUCCUCUCGAGUCGCUCCUCGAAGACGAUAUUGCUCUGCAACGCCUGGAGAGGGACCCUCGUCUUGCUGUAGCGCGCGAUGCAGGCAGGCUGACGGUACAGACCGUGAGCAGUGCGCGCCUGCUCAAGGCCAUGAUUGAGGUGAUUCAGCAGAAGAAGCCCAGCCUGGUCGUUGUAGGACGCGGCAGGAAGAACCCGACGUUGGGGUCGCACAGGGAUGAGCUGAAAACGCUCUUGCACUACGGGUGGGGAGCAAAUGGCAAGAAGGAGGCGACAUCAGGCGAGGGCAACAUCGCUGGUGCAGCAGCAGCAGCGGAGGCAGACACCAUCACCACCACCAGCGCGACAUCGCAACCGGUCCUCUCCCUCGAAACGACAAGCCGCCUCGUCAACGGAGAGACAUGCAAGGUGGUCGGUGAGCCAGCCUUUGCCAUCUUCAAUGUCCUCUCGACUGCCAAGACGAAUAGUGGCAACAAUGCAGCGGAGGCUCUGCACGUUCCCCUUACCCUUGUCGUUGCCUCGGGCAACAAUACUAGCAGCACCGCCGCCGAGGGGAGAAUCUCCUCUGCGAUGAACGCGCAGGAGGAGGCUUGA